UUACAGAACUAAGGAGAAUGAAACAACAUCAAAGAAUCAGAAAUAUCAGAAAGAAACUGUUUUAAAAAUAAAAUACUUAAUUUUGAAGGCAUUCAAAGCAGAAGAAAUAAAAAAUCGGGAACAACAUGGACAGAAGAAAGCAAGAGACUUCAUGGGGAGAAAAUGAGGGAAUACUGGAAAAAUAGGAAACAACAAAAAAGGAAGAAGAGGAACUGAAGUUGUUAAUGGUGACUGUGUUAAAGGAUCGAAACACCAGAAGAAGUAAAGGUGUUGCUUUUGUGUUAUUUUUAAAGAAAGAAGAUGCAUUGUCUUGUGCCAAAUCUAUUAAUGGGAAGGAGAUGUUUGGUCGUACACUGAAGAGUAGUUUAGCAACUGACAAUGGGCGUAGUGCUGAAUUUAUCAGACGACGCAAUUACCCUGAUAAAUCACGAUGUUAUGAAUGUGGUGAAGAGGGGCACUUAAGCUAUAAGUGCCCACACAAUACACUGGGUGAGAGGGAGCCACCUCCAAAAAAAAAGAAGCUGCCAAAGAAGUUACAGCAGAGCAACAGUGAAGAUGCUGACAGUUCUUCAGAUAUUGAAGACAGGUUAUGUGCUUUUAAAAGUUCCACUAAAGAAGAAGAGAGUGAUUUGUAUGAAUCUGAUGAAGAAACAUUGAGUGCAGCUAUUCGACUUGAGCAAAGAAAAAUGAUUCAAGAAGAUAAUUCCACAAUUCCGACUGAGACUACAGCUCGCCGAAAGAGGAUAAAGCCUAGUACCUACUUCAGUGAUGAAGAGGAUAUUAGUGACUGAACACUUAAAUCGUUGUUUAGUGAAAUAGUCUUACUCUCAUCUGUGUAUAUAUAAGUAUAUAUAUAUUGUUCUUUAAUAAAACUGGUGUUUUCUAUAGGCUCUGUCCACUGUUUGUGGAACACAAUGAAUAAUUUACAAAAUGUACAAUAAUUUGUGUAGGAAUGUUGUAGCAGCAUAAACAUUGUGACAAUUAAUUUACAACUAGCACCAUAUUCAUUUCUGUACACUUAACUUUGAAAAAAAAAAAACUGUUUAUAAAAUG